CAUGUCACCCCUUUCUUCCCCCCCAGGAGGCAGGAGCAGUUCCAGACAAACCCUGACAGCUACAACGGAGCUGUGCGAGAGAAUUAUGCCUGGUCCCAAGACUACAGCGACCUGGAGAUUAAAGUGCCUGUGCCCAAGCACAUUGUAAAAGGCAAACAGGUGUCUGUGGAUAUCAGCAGCAGCGCAAUUCGCGUAGCGGUGCUGGAGGGGAGCAGCCAGCGCGUCCUCAUGGAAGGGAAGCUCACCCACAAGAUCAACACAGAGAGUUCCCUCUGGAGCCUGGAGCCGGGGAAGUGCGUUUUGCAUUUGUUAUCCACGCUUGGGCUUUUGUCACCAAGUCCUGCCCUGAACAGCUCCUACAGUCUUUGGCUCGUCAUCUGGUGAGCUGCGAGGCUGAGUUAAUAAUAAUCCGUGGUGCUCUCCCCCUGCCCUGCCCUCCACACGCCGUCGCCUCUUCCUCCUCCGAACCCCCUCAACGUCUCCCACUGACUUUUGGGGCGCCGGCUGCUGCUGUUCCAGAAGGAAAGCAGGUGGUGAGAGGUUGUUUUUCCAAGACCUACUUAUAUCCCUUGGCAGCAUCUCUCCGGCUCUGACAAGGUAUUUAGGAUCGGGGAAGAAACCUCGUGCUCUGACGAAGCCCGGCACCGGCAACGAGGGGUUGUGACCUUCCCAGCAGGGCAUGGAGAUGUGACAUGACACCACGUCCAUGCUGAUGACGCCCGUCACCCUCUUUGCCUGCUGCUGGAGGAUCCCUCCUGGCCGCAGACGUGCCUGCCGAGUAUCCCAUCGCUCCCCCGUGCCCAUCGCUGCCUGCAGCGAUCGUCCUUGCGAUCCGUCCUCGUCCGGCCCCUGCGCUUUGCCGAGCGUGCCGACACAGGAGCAGCCCCUUCCCCUCCUGGCUCACAGCUCACGUCUCAGACAUCGGCUUUGGGAACGUGGGCACUGCAGCACGAGGAUGCUGCUGGCUUCGGAUACGGCGGCAGGGGCGUCCCCCCUGCAAGUCUCCCUCUCCUCAGGCCACCGCUGCAGAGGCUGCUCCUGCUUCCUCUGCACCCCAAAAGACUCAGCUGGGCUUUUACCCCUUUCGCCUGUGGGCAAAGGAUCUCCCGACAGCCCAGGAGGCCCUUUAGGACCCCCCAGCCUAAAAAGCAGAGCCCAAGUCUGAUCAAGAGCCUGGGCGUGCUGCAGGGACCCAAUCCUUCCUCUGGCAAAUGGCCACCACCGCUUCCAGGACCCUGGAGGGUCGGCCUGAGCAGUCGGCUGGGAAACUUGUAGUGGCAGCUCCAAGUGUGGGCGAAGCUUUUGCCUUGUCUUGAAGGGAGAAACGUAAUCAGGUCAAGAUUUGUCCUCGUGAAAAAAGCCCUGCUGCCUCCUGGAGCCCUCCCUGGGGUUUCCAGAGCGCUCCCCGAGGGAGCAUGCGGCCUUGCGUGGUGCUGUCGGUGGAGUGCCGGAGCCUUUCUCUGAGGGUGGGUGAGGGCUGGUGCUCCAGGGCAUCACCCUGCCAGGGCUGAGCCCAGAGACCUGCCAUGCUCUCUCAGCUCUCCCUCACCUCGACCUUCUCACACCCAAGAGCUCAGCGAGGCUCCCGCCCGCAUCCCCAUCACCGCAAGCUCUCGUAGCUCACAUGCCCAGCCAAGCGCCGGGCUGAACCGGUGGGGACCCUCGACAGAACCGCGGCCGAGAAAUCAACCCGAGCCCCUGCUUCCCGUCCUGCAGGUUGGACCUGUCCGCAGCGAGCGCUCCAGCACCGCUUUGAACCGUGAAACCCCAAACUCAAGGUGAUAGAGCCCGCUUCACCCUGGCCCGUGGGCAUUUCGGAGACUCACGUCAGAAAGCGGGGCUCCCACCUCAGAGCGAGCCCCACUUUUAUGUCUCUCCCCCUGGGAUAAAGGGGGAUGAGCAAAUUCCCCCGUGCGCACAAGGCAAGCUGCAGAGGUUAAUUAAUGAUUGUUUGCAAAGCUCUCAGUGCUGUAGCGAUGCACACCGCAGAAAAGCUGGCGAGGAAAUGAAUAAUUCUGUCUUCCCAGCAGGGUGGGGACCAGUAUGCAGUAAAUAAAGCGAGGGCCACGCGUGGGGUGGGGAGGAGGAGAGGA